AUUUUUUUACAGUUAUUUCUACGCUUUCUCAGGACUACGGGGAUGAUAUGGACUAUGAAGAUCUGUCCAAUAUAAAUUCUACCUCGAACGGGACGUUGAUGUUUCUGAAACAAUUAGAAAAUACUACGAGGGAAGAAGGAAAAUCGGUACGACUCGAAUGCGAAGUAAAAAACUCGGAAACAAAUAAUUCAAAUUCUAAAGUAACUUUUAACUGGAGGCACAACGAUGCACCAGCUGGCUCGAAUCUCAACGAUAGGUUUAAAAUAAGGAAUAAGGGCAAAGACAACACAUUCAGCUCCGCAUUACGCAUAUCGAAACUAGAAUAUUUCGAUAGAGGUUUUGUAGAGUGUAUAGCCAGUAAUGGCGUUGACAAAAUCAGAUCUGCAGCCUUUUUAGAAGUAAAUAGAGAAGCGCACAAGCAGGGUGGCACUGACGUCAGUAGUUUGAAAUUUGAACAUUUAGAUGCAGAAAGUUACAACGACAUAACAACUUUCCUGCCUAACACCGUUGCCAGAUCGAGCAACGGAGAAUUCACGCCAACAUUGGGCUCGAAAUCGAAAACUUUCUCGACUCCCAUACAGUUCGACCUCGAUGCUGAUGGGAAAAUUGCGGAGAACACCGCACAUGUUCCCAUAUACAACAGCUCGGAGCCUUUUUGUCAAUUGUACAGGGGCAUUAAGUGUAGGAAUUACUUGGCGAAUAGAUACGUAUUUGUCCAACCGCCGUAUACUCAGAAAGAGAUCGAGGAUAAGCUCGAUGCUUCUUUUUUGGUAAUCUCCCAGUCCAAUGACAUAUCGCCAAGCUGCAACAAAUUCGCAACGCCAAGCAUUUGCUUCUCGGCGUUUCCAAUGUGCGCAGAUCCUAAACAUAUAAACGAAUAUCAAACUAGAAACAGGCAGGAGCUCGUAAGCAGCGAGAGUAGACAGAAAUUCAAGAAUAUCAGAACUAAAUUAACAAAUCAUCUGAGGAGGAUAUGCCGAGAUGAGUGCUUGUUGCUCGAAAAUGAGCUUUGCAGCAAGGAAUAUAGUAUCGCGAAGAGACAUUUAGUUAUAGGUCAAAUAAUGGAACUAGAAGUUUGCGAGCAGUUGCCUUUAGAAACUGACCCGAGCUCAAAAAACUGUCUAUCUUUAGGUGUCGGUGAUUUGACAGUUAACAAAGAUGAAAAAUGUUUUUGGGACAACGGAAAACUAUAUCGCGGAGAUCAAGAUACGACAGGUUCCGGCAACACAUGCAUAAGGUGGUCACAUCAGUUUCGAAUCAAACCUUCGGAUUAUCCAGAACUAGCUGGUCAUAACUAUUGUCGGAACCCUGGGGGAAUGGAACCAGAGCCGUUUUGUUUCAUUGAGCAGAAUAAACGUGAGGUCUGUGGCAUUAGCAAAUGUGUGUAUGUAUUCGGUACGUACGUUGUUGGAGUCAUUACAGCGGUUACUGUGAUGUCGGUGGUGAUAUUGACGUACUGCUAUUUCAAACGGAGAAGUAAAACGAGAAAUCUUCAAAAUAAGGAUCUACCACAAGUCAACAAAAAUAUCUACGGCAAUCCAGGGCCAAGUUCACCAAUGGAGAUGAAUACACUGCUACCACCACAUCUGCCACAACAAAGAAAUCACAACUCGAACAAGAAUAGUAUACAAACUGUGCCUCAGUAUACUUACAAGGAAGUCAGGUUCUUGGAGGAGCUUGGAGAAGGGGCAUUCGGGAAAGUGUAUAAAGGAGAACUGAAAACAAAGACUGGGAAAAUCUUCGUAGCUGUAAAAUCUCUGAAAGAAAAUGCCAGUGCGAAAACUCUUGCCGAUUUUCAACGGGAGAUAGAACUCAUCUCAGAACUGAAACACCCCAAUAUUAUCUGUUUGUUAGGGGUUGUGAUGAAACAAGAACCUAUGUGUAUGCUUUUUGAAUACAUGUCCGAGGGGGAUCUACACGAAUUUUUAAUAGCAAAUUCGCCAGAAGAAGGAAAGUGCCUGACUCAUGAUCAGUUUUUAGAUAUGGCCAUACAAAUAGCUCAGGGGAUGGAAUACCUCUCCGGUAACCAUUAUGUGCACAGAGAUUUGGCGGCUAGAAACUGCCUUGUUUCCAAAGAUUUAGUUGUAAAAAUCAGCGACUUCGGUUUGAGCAGAGACAUGUACAGCUGUGAUUACUACAGAGUUCAAUCGAAGUCUCUAUUGCCCGUAAGGUGGAUGCCGCCUGAAUCAAUUUUAUAUGGAAAAUUCACAACCGAGAGUGACGUCUGGUCAUACGGUGUAGUUUUAUGGGAAAUAUACAGCUACGGACUACAGCCUUACUAUGGGUAUAACAAUCAAGAAGUUAUAAACAUGAUACGGUCAAGAAAACUUCUUCCUUGUCCAGACGCCUGUCCAAGUUACUGUUACGCGUUGAUGGUGGAAUGUUGGGCGGAAGGAGCGAAUAGAAGGCCGAAUUUUAGCGAAAUUGCACAUAGGCUUAAAGUGUGGAAACAGAGCGGAUGUACAAAUGGUGCCUAUUUCAAAACGGUGCCCACGCCUCUGAAACAGAAUCAAGGAUCUAAGUCCAGUCACAUAUCCGAUUCACAGACUUUGUGUCCUACCGUGGACAACCAACCGGCUUCCUUUACUUGGGAGAGAGAUAGACACAAACCUAGUUCUAGUAGGUUGAAUGAUAGCCAAAGUAGCCUUACAUCAAGAUCGUCCAGCAUCGGGGGAAAUACAACGCAAAGCACGAACAUCAGCAACGAAGGUAGGCGGGAGAGAAGACCCAAGAAAAAUCUCGAAAUGAAUGUCAAAAAUACUGUGGUUAGCAGUAGCGGGGAAGGUGUUGAGACGAAGAUCAGUUUGUAAAAAGUAGUUGGUUGUUGUUUCGUGUCGCUCAAAAACGAUUGUUUUUAAGGAAAAGUGAGGUCCACAAAGUCCCCAUUUUUGCACUUUUAGAUUGGGAUAUCUCGAAAACUAGAGCCAAUUGCCACUAAUGUUAUUUGCUCUAAUACCCGUUUUACACUGACACUAUAUCCAUGGAUUUCUUGGCAAAAUUCCAAAAGUGUAAAACGCCAAAUAAAUCCAUGAAUUUCUGCGAUUUGAUACUACAAAUAUAUGCCCAUUUUAUUCGUUUUUCUCUAACUUUAGCAGACUUCAAAAAAUCUCCCCCUUUCCUUAAAUCAGUCUUUUUGAGAUACAACCAGGUGGUGUCUUUGCAUGGAAAAAAAUAUUCCGCACCAGGUGGUGUCUUUGCAUGGAAAAAGAUAUUCCGAGUCGGAUUUUUGUCAGUAAUCUUAUUAAAACGACUCCUUUCAACAGAUCUGCAUGCGGGCAGACCCAAAUUUACGACAACAGAUUAAAAAAUUCUAAAAGUUAUUUCAUCAGAGUUUUUAGGUUUUCUGGGGUAUUCUGAAUCAAAAGGUGCUUCAGCACAUUAAUGCAAUAUUUGAAAAAUCUGAAAAACAAUAUGUAAAAACAAUCUUCCUAAAUAUCUUUCAAACAUUCAUAAACUUAUAUCAUUCCCAGAAAAUGCAUAUUUAGAAAAACAACACCAAUCUUCGGAGAAACUUUAGGGAAUCUUUAAAACAUCCUUAGGGAUCUUUAACAGAUUUUUAGAGUAUUUUUGGAGCAUCUUUACGGAAUGUUGGAAGAAUGUCUGGAGAAUUUUUAAUGACAGUGUUUAGAGAAUCUUCAGAUAAACUUUACAGAAUUUUCAGGAAAAAACUUUAGAGGAUCGUGAGAUAAUCUUUAUUUAAAAACGAAUCUUCAUGUUACCAGGUCCAAAAUUGCGUCAAAAUGUUUUUAAACUAUUAUUUUCAUUUUCCAAAAAAAAUUUGUUCGGUCCAGUCAGUGAUUUUGGGACAUUCUGAACAAAAAAGGUGCUUUAUGAAUUUUCUGUGAAGUUGAUAUUUUCAGAGAUAUAAGCAAGACAAUGCAUAUUUGAAAAAGUGCAACAUUUUCCUCUGAAGAUUCUCUAAAGAUCCUCCAGAAUAUUUCUAAAGUUUCUCUAAAGACCAGCUAAAGAUUCUCCAAAGAUCAUUUGAAGAUUCUGUAAGGUUUCUCUAAAGAUUAUCUAGUUUCUCUCAAGAGCCUUUAAAAAUCUUACAAAGGUUCUCCAAAGAUCUUCUAAAGACCCUUUGAAGUUUUACUUUAGAUUCAAGACUCUAAAGAUACUCAAAAGAUUUUUUAAAUAUUCUCUCUAAAUCCCUCAAAAAUCCUCUACAGUAUCUCUAGAUUAUCUGAAGAUUCUUUCUCUAGAGAUCCUAAAGAUACCCAAAAGUUUCUGUAAGCAUUUUAUAAUUAUUUGCCGAGGAUUUUGUUGGUGAAAAUUUGAAGGAUAUUCAGGAAUUUUUGUUUUUUCAUGUUAUUUUUCAAUGGCAUAUUUUGCAAUUUUUCAAAUAUUGUACCACUUAUAUAAAACUGUCAACUACAGAGAGCAAAGUCUAAAGAACCUUUCUGGUUCAAAAUGUCCUCAAAAACACAAAAACACUGAUCAGAGAAAAAAACUGUUUCUAUAAUCUGUUAAAUUUCAUUUUUCUAAUUUGUUGCCUACCAUCACGCAUAUUUGUUGAAAGGGGGGGGGUCAUUGUUGGUCUAAUUGUUUAUCAAAUUAGAAAUAUGGUAUUUAACAUGCCAAUUUUAGAACCCUUGCUAAGAACCAUUUUGUUUGUUAAAUACCAUAACUUGUCUGUUACUGUUUUAGCUCUAGGUUCAUAAUUUUUUGUUGAAUAGUUUUUAGAAGGAAGUACUAGCACUAGGUUAUACUUUUCUCAUUGUUUUACUAUUAUAAUAUUUAUUUAUAUACAUAUUUUCUUUUACUCCUUAUACGCGAGUUUUUCUUUGGAUCAGAAUUAUAUACCAAAAAUACCAAUAUACUAUGAUCUCAAAAUCUCUCUUGUACGAGUGUCAGACAAUGGUCUGCAUGAAAAUGUUUGUAAACAUAGUAUUUUUUGUACAAAAUUCAUCACUUAAUACUUUUAAGGUGGCAGGGUUUGCAGCAGUUAUUCUAAAUCCUUUUCAUCUGCUAAUUUCACGGUGUGUAUAGAGAUGACUAAAAAACGUUUUCAAUUUUUGUAUCAAAUAAAGCAUUUCUUGUGAAGUUUUUCUUCAAUCUGAACUUGUUAACAAAUAUAAGUACAGCUCUGAAAUUGUGUGUGAAUAUUCCUCUUUUAUGGGAGAAUUAAACAAGUGAUUACUUUUGUUCUUAUCACUUUUCCUGUUCGAAAAAUCUUUGAUUUUCUUGAAGCCUCGUCUCGCAGCAAGUUGAGUUUUCAAGAAAAGCCAAGAUUUUUUUGAAGCGAAAAAGUGAUACGAAUAAAAGUAAUAACUUGUUUCAUUCAUCCAUAAAAGUGGAAUGUUCACAAACAAUUUCAGAGCUGUACUAAUAUUUGUUAACAAGUUACGAUCGAAGAAAAAAUCCUCAAUAAAAGCAUUUUAUGUCAAAACAAAAUUAAAAACGAUGUUUUUUUAGUCAUCUCUAUACAUAUCAUGAAGUAAUCAGAUAAGGAUUUAGAAUACUGUUGCAAACAGGUAGUUGAAAAAAAAGCGAAAAAAGGGACGUGCGGUCUUAAGUAUAAACUUGAAAUUGUAAUACAUUGAGCUUUCAGGUUGAUACAUGAGAAAUGUUUAGUGAUCGAUUUUGUACACUUUUUUGGAUGCUAAUAACCUGAAGAAUGACUCGUGUAUUUCUCAAUGUUACUUUUGGCAACGGAACAAAAUUCAUCAAAUUAUCAAACGUAACGCACUGCUCAUGCUUUAUAUUGAUUUUUUUGUUGUUUAUCGCAUAAUGUUUUGCACUUAAUUUUUUAGCCAUCUAUAUAUUUUAUAUCUAAUUUUCGUGUAUGGUCUCGAUAUUUGUAUAUAGUUUUUUUUUAAAACAAGUCACACUUAUGCCAAAUUAUCUAUGUAAUAUUUAUAUUGUAGUGGUUUUUAUAAAACGUGUUGGGUGUGUCAGUGUGUGUUUAUAUUACAGAAAUCAUACGAAAUUAAAAGUUUCAUAAAAAUAUUUGUUUAUUUUCAUUCCAACUAUACAUAUGACAACCUUCUGGAAUUUUUAAGCGACGGACUUUCCGUUUCCAUUUCAUACUCAAUUUCGACUGUUGGCCUCGAUUUUCUGUCCUUUUUGGGAGUUUUCUUGCUUGGAGUCUUCUUGCCCUUUUUAGAUGUGCUUGGUAUGGCUGUAUCCUAAAAAAAUUAAAAACGUUUCAGCAACCUUUUUCGAGUACAUCAUCACUAAACAAUUCUCUCUAGCAUGAAAAUAGAGUCUAUUUUACUGAUUCUAG